CCCAUACAUGUUGCAUAACUUUACUCUCCAGUUGUCAGCUGUGCAGUUUCAGAUCGUCGGUGUUCUUCUUCUUGCGUAAAACUGAUACAAAACUACCACUUCCUUAUCUGCUAUAAUUAUCACAAUGGGGUGGAAAUUCGCUGUUAUUGUUCUUCUACUUGCAGUGGUAAUGGGUUAUGUCUUUUCUCUCAUCUUGACACCGACACUGAAAACUGAAACGCCCGAUGCUGGUGACGGUUGGUGGGCACCCGGUGCUCCCCAAAGCUCGGGGAGCAAGCUCGAGCAAGACACCUCCCUUCGGAAAUUUACGGUGAAUGUUUCCAAUGAUUUGUUAGCUGAUUUGAAUCUCCGAAUUCGGAAUGCUCGCCUCAUAGAACCGCUGGAUAACUCGGCAUUUGAGUAUGGAUUCAAUGCUGGAUAUAUGCGACAUUUACAGCAGUACUGGCUGGAAAAUUACAGUUGGAGAGAUGCUGAGAAGAGGCUAAACCAGUUUGAUCAAUUCCUGACCAACAUUGAGGGUAUUGAUGUCCAUUUCCUCCACGUGAAACCCAAACUAAAGCCUGGACAGAAGGCUAAGCCUCUCAUCAUCGUUCAUGGCUGGCCAGGUUCAGUCUAUGAAUUCUAUAAGAUCCUACCAAUGCUGACUGACCCUACGAGCCAUGGAGGGUCAUCUGAUGAUUUCUUUGAGGUCAUCUGUCCAAGUAUUCCUGGCUUUGGCUUUUCGGAAGCUCCUCACAAACAGGGAUUUACAGCGGCUGCUGCAGCACGCAUCCUGAAUAAACUGAUGCUCAGGUUGGGAUUCAAGCAAUACUAUGCUCAGGCAGGUGAUGUGGGAACGGCAAUCACCGUCAACAUGGCUAUCAUGUACCCAGAUAAUGUGAAAGGACUUCAUAAUAACGACCUGGCCCAGGUGAGCCUUAAGUCCUUUGUGUACCCCAUGGUUGCCAGUGUCUGGCCAUCGUUUUUCUUACCCAAGGAGGAAGAGAGAAAUGCGCUCCUACCCCUAGGAGAAAGAAUAAGCUUUGUGAUCGCAGAAUUGGGAUACAUGUACGUCUUCGGCACGCAACCAGAUUCUCUCUCAAUGGCUCUGAAUGACUCUCCUAUGGGACUAGCCUCUCUCAUCCUAGAGAAAUACUCGAGUUGGACAAAUCGAAACUGGAAGAAGCUAGAGGAUGGUGGCCUGACGCAAGCUUACAGUAUGGAUGAUCUCUUAACCAAUGUGAUGAUCUAUUGGAUUAAUGGCAAUGUAGCCUCCUCAGUGAGACUCUUUAAAGAAGAGUUUGGUGCAAGUGCCAAGGGAUAUCCCACUAUGUACGCCUCCCAUGUUCCGUUCGGCUAUGCCUGCUUCCCUUAUGAGUUCAUUGGAACAACAGAUUGGCUGAUGAAAGUAUUCCAUCCAAGAAUCCUUCACUUCUCAUACUUUACCACUGGAGGGCACUUUCCAGCGUUCCAGGUCCCUGCCCUGCUGGCCCAAGAUAUCCGGGAUUUCGCCAGGAAGGUAGAAGCGCUGUGAGAUAGCUUACCUAGCUUAAAAGUGGCGUGAAAAGACCAGUUCGGAACACAGGGUUAUUGGUGACAUCAGCGGACAAUGACAAGUCUUAAUUUGAGUUUUCUCAAUGACAUUUGUUGGUAUUAAAUGAAAGUGCACCAAUCACCAAAAUUAUUCCAGUAAUACUAAUUUAGAACUUCCUUUGAAACAAAAGGGCUUAUUUUGUGUGGGAAAAUAACGACCGUUAGUGGUCACAAUCCAAUUUAGCAAUCGUUGGUUCUCAAAACAUUCCUGUAUAAUUUCACCAGCCACUGUAUAAUACUCUGUGAUUUGAAAUUAUAAUAUUUUUCAUCAUUGAAAACAACUUGACCUACAUGUAAGCCUCAGGGAUUUAUUUUGCCAAAGGUUAAAGGUCAGGGUUGCACUUGGGUCUUAGGUCAGCCAGCCAGGCACCAUUUUACAGAUGCUAACAAUGCUGAGCAAACUCCAUGUUUAAAGACUGGGUGGAGAGAAGCAAUGUCAAUAAAAUGCCUUGCUUAAAGACAUGACCUUUAAUAGCAGUUAUGCAAUCAACUUGUACUAGUAUUUUGAUGA